AUGCCCCCUCUCCCGUCCCCAGGCUCCGACGAGAGCCCCAUCCCCCCUACUGACCUCCACAUGUACCCAAUGCCUGACUACCCUAUGCCCACCAAUAACCAGAACAUGAAUGCCCGCAACGGUCCCAUGCUCCCCUCCGACUACCCCAAUCCUGGCUUCUCCAUGCCACCCAACCCUCACAUGAACAUGCCACCCAACCCUCACAUGAACAUGACUGGGAACUGGCGAACUGGCGAACUGCUGGUAGGUGAGGCCGGGUCGGAGCCGGACAUGCUAGACAUGUCAUACUGCCAGACACUGCUGGAGGUGCCAGUGCCGCCCCCCAUGGACCAGGUGCCCUGGUUCUGCAUCUGCUCCCGCUGCAAGGCCAGCGUGGGACCCAAAGGAGACAGCGGAGAUAGGGGCCUGCCAGGUAUGUAGACAGGCAUAGAACAGUAUUCAUUUAUUUAGUACCUUUAUUUUAUUUGUAUUUAUGGUAGUCCCAUUAGAAGUAGAAAAAUAAAUGUACACUCUCUUAAAAUGAAGGUGAAAAAAUAUGGUUUGUCUCAAAUGGAUCAAAAACAUUUCGUUUUUUUUCACCCUAAUUAGAAGUGUGGACCUUUUCUUUUGCUCUGGCAGUAUUUUAGGUCUACACAUCAUCUUAACAAACGAUACAACUAGCUGCAUCCACUGUCUUUGCCUCAUUCUCUGUUUUUCUCUCUGCCACUCUCAAGCAUAGAUAUAAUAUAUUAAAUACAGUAUAUUAGCUAGCUACAUAUUGUUUACGUCGUUGUUCUUAACCCACAAAGGUAUUCCAGGAAGUCCUGGGAGGAGAGGACUCACAGGGUUCAGAGGUCGGCCUGGGUUCGUGGGCCGCCAAGGACUGAAGGGUAAGUGAUACUUGUCAAUUCUGUUAAGACUAAAAAAAAAGCAAAAAAGCUGUGCACUGUUCCAUAUCUGAGCAGCGACGGUAAUCCAAGCUUGCAGAAAAUGAUUUGCAACUUUCUUCUCUCUUUCUCUUACUUUAUACCUCUCUGUUACAGGUCAGAAGGGAGAUCAAAAUGAGAAGGGCGAGCUUGGGCCAAUGGGUUUCACCGGCACUAAGGGGGCCCGCGGCUUCAAAGGUUAGUCAAACAACAGAUGCAGAACAUAAACUAAUCUCUCCAGCAUCCAACUUUGGAACUUUAGAUCUCAUCUAUGUGUGUGUGUGUGUGUGUGUGUGUGUGUGUGUGUGUGUGUGUGUGUGUGUGUGUGUGUGUGUGUGUGUGCCGUGUGCUGUGUGCCGUGUGUUUCAGGGGACAAAGGGGACCAGGGUCUGGAGGGUCCACAGGGAGAGAUGGGGCCCCAGGGAGAGGUAGGGACCUGCCCUGCGUCCUGUGAAAGUGUCCAGGGCCAUGCAGGACAACCAGGGAUACCCGGACCGGCUGGAGCCAGGGGUCUCCCCGGGGUAGCUGGCCCUCCAGGGACUACGGGGCCCAAGGGCGACACAGGGGACAUGGGUGCCCCUGGGGUCCCCGGGACGGAUGGUGAGAAAGGUGAACUGGGAGCGGAGGGCGUGUGCAACUGCACAGAUGGAGCAGACGGGGCAGACGGUCAACAAGGGAUCCCAGGGCCCAAGGGAGAGCAGGGUGAGGUGGGCCCUCAGGGUGCCGUGGGCCUCAACGGUGAAAAGGGCAACCAGGGCGAACUCGGCAUGAUGGGCAUUCCCGGACCGUGCUCGCCAACCAUCCAGUCCUCAUUCUCCGCCGCGCUCGGCACAAUUUACCCACUACCGGACAAGCCCGUGCCGUUCACCCAAGUCAUCACCAACCAGCAGUUUCAUUUCGACCCCACCAUUGGCAUCUACAGGGCACCGGUGAACGGCACCUAUGUCUUCAGCUACCACCUGGUGGUGUUCAGCAAGGUGCUGAAGGUGGGUCUGUUCCAUAACUUCAACCCUAUCGUGAAGACCACGGAGCCAGCCCAUCUGGGCACCGCUAGCCAACAGGUGGUGCUCCACCUGGCCAUGGGCGACCGGGUGUGGCUGCAGGUGAAGGACACCAUCACCAACGGCAUGUACGCUGACAACGAGAGCAGAAGCACCUUCUCUGGCUUCCUGCUCCACCCCGACUCCUGCGACUUGCCCUUGUUCCGAGACUUUCCUCCAGCAGCCGCUCCAAGUGGUGACGAGGGGACCUAUAGUUGGGGGCAGAUAGAGGGGCCAACCACCACCCCAUCGCCUUAGUCAGUGAGAGUCAGUUACACAGACACAGGUUACACACACAUAUAAUAUGAAGACACACAAUCCACACACACAUACAUUAACAAAGUUCUCAAAGGAAACACCAACACAGCACCUUCUAUAAAUCAGAAGCCAUUUCGAAUGGCCUGUUAGCUCUGGGUAGUUUUCUAUAACAUUAAUGAAGCUAAACUUUGAUCUCAAAGUAAAAUUUCCCACAAAACGACCUAUUUGUUUGACUGAUUUGUUUAUCUUAAUGAGUGAG